UACAGGGUGCUAGCAGGUAGCGAAGGCCCAUAAAGAGUUGUCCGUUGCUUGCAAAGCGCUGUUCCAGGAAUAUCCCAAUCCAACGUUAAAGAUCGAACGUUGGACACUUUAUACAAAUACUGCUUGAUAAGCAGAGAAGAAAGCGAAAGAAAGAGAGACCCAAAUGGCGUGCGGCGUAAAUUUGUGGACGAUACCACAGCCAAAGCCGCAGUCUUCCUAUUCUUCUUCUUCUUCUUCUUUAAAACCACCUCUCACUUCACAAUUAUCAUUAUUAUUCCCAAAUUUCAACAAUUCCACCCUCUCCCUCCGUUUCCAUACAACCCUAUCCCGCUCUCGUCUUACCAAAUCCCACUCGCCAAAUGCUCCUCCUCCUCACUUCAUGGUAAUGGCAUCUACUAAGAACCCAGGAGAGGCUCUCAAAAUUAUGAUAUCUGGGGCUCCGGCUUCUGGUAAAGGAACCCAAUGUGAGCUUAUCACUCAAAAAUAUAGUCUGGUGCAUGUUGCUGCUGGAGAUUUACUCAGGGCAGAAGUUGCAGCUGGUAGUGAUAAUGGAAGGCAAGCAAAGGAAUUCAUGGAGAAAGGACAAUUGGUCCCAGAUGAAAUAGUUGUUAUGAUGGUCAAGGAGCGUCUAUCGCUGCCAGAUGCUGAAGAAAAUGGUUGGCUUUUGGAUGGAUACCCAAGGAGCUUAUCACAAGCAACUGCUCUUAAGAAAUUUGGGUUUGAGCCAGAUCUUUUCAUUCUCCUUGAAGUCCCUGAAGAUAUCCUUGUUGAGAGAGUCAUUGGACGAAGGUUAGAUCCUGUUACUGGGAAGAUAUACCACUUGAAGUAUUCUCCCCCAGAAACUGAAGAAAUUGCUGCGAGGCUUACUCAACGAUUUGAUGACACAGAAGAAAAGGUAAAGUUGCGGUUGCGCACUCAUCAUCAAAAUGUGGAGGCAGUUCUUUCAAUGUUUAAAGACAUAACAGUGAAGAUUGAUGGAAAUGGUUCCAAAGAGGAUGUGUUUGCCCAAAUUGAUGGUUGGCUGACAAAACUUCUUGAGCAAAGGAAGGCUACUUCAGAAUCUUUGGCAGCAUAAAAUACUGUGAAGCAGAAUAGUUAGGCCCCAUUUGGCCAAGGUUCUAUAAAGUGGAAAUGUAUAUCAAAGGAAUUAAAUGGUAAAGGUAUUUGGAAACUAAUAAUGUAAUAUAGCUUUUUGGGUGCAUAGAAAGUGCGUUGGUAAAAGCAUGAUUGUAUUUGUCCCCAAUUUUUAUUGGUCCAAUGGUAGUGCCUGCCCUUCUCAUAAACUCUCCAUCCCAGCUGCUUCUCAUAAACUCUCCAUCCCAGCUGAAGGCGAUGUUUGAUUUCAAGUAUCCAUUUACAAUGCUACGAGACUUUACUAAUUAAGCAACCUGACACUUUUAAUAUUUGA